CCCACCUUCUCCCUCCAGUUCACAUCACCUCAUACCCUGUCUUGCCACAAGUCACUAAAGAUUCCGUUUGGAGAGCUCCGGUGCGGUGUAUGCCCGAUGGGUCUGGAUGUUGGGGAGAUCGGCAUGGGCGCGGAUUUGAGCUUGGAUUUGAAGAUGUUCGCCGCCAAGAGCCUGGGGCGGGUCAGGGACGCGCCGGCGGCCGCCAUGGACGAAUGCAUCCGGAGGCUGGAGGAGGAGAAGAGCAAAAUCGAGGUGUUCCGGCGCGAGCUCCCGCUUUGUGCGCGCCUCCUCGCCGACGUGAUCGAUGUGAUGAAGAAGGAGGUGGAGGAGAAGAGAAGAGGUGGUGAUCAGGAAAAGGGCAAGGAGGACGCCGGCGCUGGCGACAAGAGCAACUGGAUGAGCACCGCGCAGCUUUGGACCGGAGAUUCAGGCCGAUGCGACGACGCUUCCGAGAAGCAAGCUGAGAGGGGAAGCUCGUCGGAGCUGAAGUCUAACAGCGGCCAGGUCUUGCCGUUCAAGGCCGUGGGCUCCGGCGCGCCGGCGUUCGUGGCGCCGAGUUUGAGGAAUGAUGACAAGGCUUACGAGGCGCGGAUGUUGGAUCUGCCGUUUCUGUCGCCAGCACCGGCCAGGACCUCUCCGGCUGCUGCUACCGGCGGCGCUGAAGAAAACCGACGGCAGGUCGUAGGAUUUGCGCAAGAAGCCGCGAGGGCCGCCGCGGCGCUGCCACCGGCAGCCCCUGCGCUUAACCUCCAGCCUCAGUCACAGCAGACAGCACAACAGCAGCAGCAAGCGAGGAAGGCGCGGCGGUGCUGGUCACCGGAGCUGCACCGCCAGUUCGUCACUGCCCUGCACCAACUCGGUGGCCCUCAAGUUGCUACUCCAAAGCAAAUCAGGGAGCUGAUGAAGGUGGAUGGCCUGACCAAUGAUGAAGUGAAGAGCCAUCUCCAGAAGUAUCGUCUGCACAACCGAAGGACGCCUGGAUCUCCGAUUCCCAACCGGCCGAUCGUGCUCAUGGGAGGACUCUGGAUCACUCAGGAACAAAGCAGCUCCCAAUCAGCGGGGUCACCUCCGGGGCCGCUACAUUUCUCAAACUCAGGUGUAGCAGUCUCAUCGGCGGCGACAGUCAGCGGCGAGGAGGAAGAUGGCAGAUCCGAGAGCUAUAGCUGGAAAUGAUCAAGAAGCUGCAUUAGUGUCUGUUCAGAGUUUCCAGCCGAUGAUGCACCGAUUACAGUGGUGUCUUCAGAGAGCCAUGAUACAGGAUUGUAGUGUAGUCUGUUUUGUUGUAUACAGGGAGAUCAAGCCUUGAGUGCUUUGAGAUGAAACUCUGGGUGUUGUUAUGUACAUCCUAAAGAGGCUAUACUAGUUACAGUUUUGCGGAAAA